AAAAUAAACAAGAACCAGCAAAACUCCCUCCUCAGUCGUUUUAUUUUCAUAUUUCGAUCGAAAGACCUAGUCUUACCCAGAUGUUUUAACCUGUUGCGUUUGUUUCUAAAAUCUACAGCCGCCACAUCCGCAUCUGCAUCUCGAGGAAUCCCACCACGUAAACGCGGCAGGCCUAAGACCAAAGUUGAGGAUCUGACGCCAAAGCCGAAGCUCCUUGACAAAUUGCAUGCGGCGACCUUGAACGAGGAGGCCAGCGAGCCGGCGGUAUACGCCUCCACCACGAAGGGCGGUGUUAAGCUGAUCUUCAAUGGCCACCUGUUUAAGUUCUCGUUCCGCAAGGCGGACUACUCGGUGUUCCAGUGCUGCUACCGGGAGCAUGGUGACGAAUGCAAGGUGCGGGUGGUGUGCGACCAGAAGAGGGUUUUCCCCUAUGACGGGGAGCACGUCCACUUCAUGCAGGCCAGCGACAAGAGCUGCCUGCCCUCGCAGUUCAUGCCCGGCGACUCGGGAGCCAUUUCUUCGCUGACGCCCAACAAGGAUACCAAGGUGGAAGUGCUUAUUAAGAACACCACCAAGCUGGAGGGUUCCGACGCGAAGGAGGAGGAAGAUUUCGAGGAGUUUGAGAUUCAGGAGAUCGAUGAGAUUGAGCUGGACGAACCGAUACCAGAGAAGCCGGCCGUAAAAGAGGAGGAGGUUGACCCCAAUGAUUUUCGCGAAAAGAUCAAGCGACGUCUCCAAAAGGCUCUGCAGAACAAAAAGAAAUGACACUUAAUUCGCUAAUAUCCACUGAAAAUGCAAAUAUUUCCGAAUAAGGGAUCAAGCGACACCUGCAGAAGGCCCUGCAGAACAAGAAGUGACACUGAAUAUGCCUUAAAGUUUCAUAUUAUAUAUUCUAUGUUCAUUUGGGUAAUAAAUACCCAACUAAGCAGCAAAUAAUUAAGUUUUCAUAAUAAAACGAUGUCAAUAAAUCAGA